AGGUGAAUAAUUGGGCCGGCCCAGUAUUGAACCUACGUUCUACACCGCUUUAGGGUUUGUUUGCCAAAAGCAUUUGAUCAUUGCUUCUCCAAACGCUGCGUUUCGGUCGAUUUCUCAGUUCAAGUUUUGAGAUUUCAAAAGGCAAUACACAGCAAAGUCAUGGGUUCGUCAUCAGCUGACACUUUUCCAGUCAUGCAGGAAAUUAUGCUCGAGUUUCGUGCAGGUAAAAUGGUUUUUGAGGGAACAAGAGUCACCCCAGAUACACGUAAAGGACUUGUUCGUAUUGCAAGGGGUGAGGAGGGUUUGGUCCAUUUUCAGUGGCUUGAUAGAACCAACAAUGUCCUUGAAGAUGACCAGAUUGUUUUUCCUGAUGAAGCAGUUUUUGAGAAGGUCAAUCAAGCAUCUGGAAGGAUUUACAUUUUAAAGUUCAACACCGACAAUAGGAAGUUUUUCUUUUGGAUGCAGGAGCCAAAGGCUGAAGGCGAUUCACAGUUAUGCAACUCAGUGAACUACCACAUCAAUCGACCCUUAGAAUUCCUCGGUGAAGAAGAGCAGGAUGUGUCAGGCCCAGUACAAAUUUCUGAAGACAUGGUUGAGGAUGAUAUUUCAUCAAGAGCUGGAAAUUUAGUUGGCCCCAGCCUUGGUGCAGAAGUGACAAGUGAUGUAACCUCUUUAUCUGGACCAGUAAAAUUGGCGGAUCUGCAAAGAAUUUUAAGUAACAUUGAACCUGCAGAUGGUGCUGGAGAUCCAGAUGAAGGUUUGGGAUUAGCAGAUAUUUUAAAGCCUGAUUUGAUACUGCCAUUGAUUGAGACAUUACCAAUGGAACAACGUUUAGCCUCUUACUUACCUGAGGGUCAAUGGAAUCCAGAGGAUUUAUUGGAGUUGCUGCAGAGCCCACCUUUUCGCCAACAAGUAGAUUCAUUUACUUAUGUACUUCGAACAGGGCAGAUAGAUUUGUCUCAGUUUGGAAUCGAUCCAAGUAAAUACAAGUUCACUGUUCUCUCAUUUCUAGAGGCACUUGAAGAUACAGUUUGCAAAGCAUCACAAUCGGGACAAGAUGAUAAGGAUUCAAGAUCUCAAACUUCUUGUAAUGACAACGAGCCAAUGGAUGAGGCCCAGUAACAGUAACCGUCAUUGUUAGUGCAAAAAAAGAGGGGAAAAUGUGUUGGUUCUAACGGUCAAAAAGGUGUUGGGUUGUAAGAUUACAGGUCACAAAAUGCAAAACAUUAGCACUCUUUUAAGAUUGAUUUUUACAUAGGAUGUCACUAUAUAAAUAUAUAUGCCAUUGCUCUACCCUCAACAGGCAGCUAAUUUUUGUGCAAAAUCCAAUGUCUGCUGCCUUAUAAUAAAAACAGCAUAAAAGAGGUUAA